AUGGCUCACAAGCGCAAGCGCUCCGAAUCCGAACUCGUCACCCUCUUCCCCUCGCCAGCUCGCUCCGAAUCCAGCAUCGAGUCCUUCGAGUCACCAAUCUCUCCAAGCCCCAUCUAUCCUCGCGCACAUGCGACGCCAUCGCACCUCUCGAGUCGCACAAUGAAGCGCUUCCGCGACAACAGGCCCUCGGAGGAGCAAAUCCAUCAACGUACUCUGAACAUGCUUUACUCCGCACAGCAACACAACCAGUACCCGGCCGACGCAGGCCACGAGACGAAUCAGUCCGAACCCACACCCGUUCCUGCCGCCCGCAACACCCAGAAGUCCCUUCACAGCUUCUGGAAUAUCAAAUCGGCCGAGCCCAGGUGCCCCGCCUUGGCCCCGUCUGUGGACCAGAGCGCGCUGUCGCCGAUGAGCUGCGACGACUGCGGCGCUGGUCUUGGUGCGUCGGAUGGCGCUGCGGACGGGAUGGAUAUCGACGAUGGUUACAGCUACGGCGUCGAUCACUCUUGCGACAGAGCCCUACUUACUCUUGCGCCUAAGGCGCCUCCGUCGCUCAUAUUCAAUUUAUACCAACACAAGAUGGCCGAAGCGAUUGGUCUCGCGACAAGCGUUAUCGCCGUUGCCGAAGUCACAGGCAAGGCCAUAGGUCUGACUCUCAAAAUCAAAUCGCUCUGGUGCGAAGUCAAGAACGUCCCAGCCGCUCUUCUCGAAAAGGCUGAAGAACUUCAAGAUCUAGACGACUAUCUCAAAGAUGCCGAAACUCAGACUGCGAGCAGUCCUGUAUCUAAGUCGGUCGUCGACGAUGAGAUUAUGCAGAAGUCGCUCCGGCGAGCCCGCGCCGCAUUGGCAGAUAUACAGAACACCAUCGAUGACCUCAGCCUUCAGAUGUCUGAUCCGCGAAAGCACCGACGCAAGUUGACGGCUGCAAAAUUUGUCUUACAUAAAGAUACAAUCGAAGACAUGGAACGAAAGCUCGAUCGAGCUUUGGAACUUUUCAAGGUGGCUCAGGGAAUCUAUUGCACAAAAUUGACUAUGCUUUCCACGUCCAUCAUUAUGGAACGGCUCCCCAAAUGUUUGAGUUCGUCAAAAGUCACCAAAUAUUCGUCUCAUAAAGUCAAAGUGACAGAGUUUGUUGAACAACACAAGCCAGUUGUUGCCAAUAUAGCUGGGAAAGACAAUCUUGGCAUAUCUCAAGGCACGACCGCAGUUGGAAGGCUUCGUCUUGGUUUUGGAGACAACACCUUCCAGAUUUCACUCAGAUCACCCAAUUGGCUCGGCAGCAAAGUGUACUCCGCCAUGUGCCACAAGAGCAUGGUUGGGUGGCAAAUCAAUCUUACAACCUACGUGGUAAUCAACUCGUUCCGCGGUAUUGAAGACGCCGUGAAGUCCGAUGAUCCACAGGCUCUCAUGAAACAUCUGCGAUCAACAUCACUGACACCCUUGGUUGAAGACGAAAAGGGGCAAAACUUGUUAUAUCUUUGCGCCGAAAAUCGAUGGCUUAAUAUUGCGAAAUGGCUUCUUACCUUUGGGCUGUUUGCUGGUUCUUACAGCAGCGAAGAGAAUGAUUGUUUAGAGUUCGUGUUAAGAAAGUAUCAUUCUACGGACGCGAAUAUGCUGACUUAUUGCAGGGACUCGCGAUCAAGAAGCCUCAUCUUUGAGGCUGCCAAUAAGUUGUGGCAUCCUCCAGACUCACAUACUCCAUCCGACUUGAUUACGCUGUUCGCUUCACACGCGGCGGAUGGAGAAACUGGUGUAUCAGUGGAGUGGAUGGGGUUCAUCGCAGGCCUUACAGACUUUGGUAAUUUUACCAGACUACUUCAUUCCAAGUCGCCGGCGUCCAAUCCAAAAUGGUUUUACUUUGAAUCGAGACUUCGCUUUACGUAUAGCGGAAUACGUGGCUCUGUCUGGACAUUGAGGCAACUUACUGCUGUCCUUCCGGAGCUCAAAAGCCUCACAAGAGAGCUCGUGGUGUCCUGGCGGCUCGCAGGGAGGAAAUAUCUCAUACCGAGCCUCGUUGCAUCGGGGAUCGGGGCACGGGCUGCUCGAGCCCCCCGUGGUUAUCCUGCCCGUUCACAUUCUGUUAAAGAAUAUGCGCGUCUAGCCGGCCAGAUCAUCGCACUGGAUCCCGAAAGCCUCAUACAAGCUGCGACCACACGCCACAGAGCAUCGAGUGCGCUGCACAUGCUGAUGAGAACGCUGCUUAGCAACUUCCAGCCAUGCUCGACAGACCAAGCGGACCACAUCAUACAAUCGACUUUACAAGUCUGGGUGAAGAUGCUGCAUGGCAACAAGGUGAAUCUGCUACAACAUGGUCGUCAGUCGCGAACGACCUACACCGUGCCAAGACGUCAUGUGCUUCCUGGAUGGUCGUUUCGGUUGCUUCAGAACCCCAGCGAGCCGCGUAAGCGCAAUAAGAAACGUAAUCGAGAGUAUCGAAUCGAAUAUAUUGGCAUCAGUUACGGUCCCUUGCCAGAACAUUGGAGAGUAUGGUGGACGGUAGACUUUGAGUGUUAUGCGGGUGAGUUUUGGAGAAUGCUCGAGGAUUCUGGGAUCAAAAUUCCAGGAAGCUGGGUGGAUGACACAGAUUUCGGCGAUAAAUCGACCAAGCUUGUGCCAUCAUGGGCGCAUGAAGGAACUGGUCCGUUGAUUUGGUCUGAGUAUCGCAAGAUUAGGCCGCCUAUAUGA